AUGUCAAUAAUAACUUUACUUUCAGAAACUCCCCACUCCAACGUUCAAGUACAACCUUCCCAAGAGCCCUCCCAAGUAUCAGUACAAAUUCCCCCUAAAGUACAACAAGUAGUUACUCAAGUCUCUCAACAUAUACCCGUAGUCUUGGCACAACAUCUAGCCAAUCAAAAUCGUGUUGUACGCUCUCUUCAGAAUCGUCGUAACUUGCCAAACAUGGAUUUGAAAGGACUUCGCAAAUGUGAUUUCAUAUGCAAUGCUGUCGAUGUUACAGUCUGCGGUUAUAAUGGACGCUGUUAUAGGGAAUUUGAAAGUCAAUGUGAAUUGGAGUACUUAUAACUGUUUGAAUACACAGAAAGCUUUCUAUGUUGUGGAUGGUUCAAACUGUCAGGACAUCAGUUAUCCUACAUGUUAUCCAGGA